ACACUUGCUUCAUAGAGUUAGCUCUCUUUAUAAAGAUUAAGCGAGAUAUGAUUAAGCGAGACAAAGAGGAAAUAGCUUCGAGAGUCCAUUACCCUGUAAGGUCCUGCUAUACGCGCAGUAAACUGUCGAAAACAUGACUUCACAUCUGUCGUCGUCUCAUCGGAAACAAUUGUCCACUUGGCUGGGAGGAAACAAACAGUUCAAACUCCUCUACAGCACUGCAACUGAUGAAUGUGGAGCCUCUGCAUUCCACUCCAAAUGUGACAACUUAGGAGCAACUGUGACGGUUGCACGUAAUACCGCUGGAUGGGUGUUUGGAGGCUACACCAAUGUAAGCUGGGGUGUAACGUCGUCUUCUUAUUCCUACGAUGACAGAGCAUUUCUCUUCAGGCUUGACAGAGAUGGAUCUUUUCAACCCAAGAAGUACAGGCUAAAAGAUGAACACGAAAAAAGGGCGAUAUGCCAGAAAUCAUCUUGUGGUCCUUAUUUUGGUGAAGACCUACUUUUUUUAAAUGAGGGUCCUUAUCAGAAGAAAGAUGGGUUUUUCCCAUGUAAAACAGCAAGUAAACACGGGGCGGACUAUGACAUGGCUGGCGACACAGCAACAGAUUUCACAGGGAAUGAUCUCGAGCUGUCGGCAAUUGAUGUUUACAAGGUCCAAGACGCAAAUGUGGAGUUCGAUGAUCCGUGGCGAAACAUCGGCAAUGCAGACCACGGGAAGUUGAUGACACAACUUGAGAGAUACUGUCCCGUGGAAGAGGCGAAACUGGACCAUGUCAAUCUGUUGCUUGUGGGUGCAGUAGGAAGUGGCAAAUCGAGCUAUUUCAACACCAUCAACUCAAUGUUCAAAGGUCACGUGACUGGUCAGGCGAGGAGUGGUAGUACCACACACAGUCUCACGCAAGGGUUCAAGGUUUACAAAGUGAGGUCGAAGUCUGGCACGCCGCUGAAGUUCCGUCUGUGUGACACACGAGGAUUGAAGGGGGACAAUGGGAUGAAGCCCGAGGAUCUGGUGGCAUUUCUCGAUGGACACGUUGAGAAUGGAUUUCAGUUUAACCCAUUAACCAAGUUGGGUCCAGAGACAAGAGGCUACAGGAAAUCUCCAUCUUUUGAAGACACAGCUCACUGUGUUGUGUUCGUCGUUGACGCCUCUACUGUGGACGUAUUUUCGGACAAGAUCCUAGAGGUUGUGAAAGAGUUUCAGGAAUCUGCAAAUGCUCGAGGUGUGCCUCAGGUUGUUCUGCUGACCAAGGUGGACAAGGUCUGUCCUGUUCUGGACAAAGACUUGUCGGGUCUCUUCAAAACCAUCACCGUGUCUGAUCUCGUUGACACGGUUGCCCAGAUGUUUGGUAUCCCGCGGAGCUGUGUUCUGCCAAUCAAGAACUAUGAGAAGGAAACAGAACUUGAUGUACGCGUGGAUGUUCCAGCUCUGCUGAGUCUCCAACAGAUUCUGCGUCUGGCAGAUGAUUAUCUGUAUUAUCAUGUCGAUCAAAAUGAUAACUGAAAUGUAUACCGUUCC